CUAUAUAUAAAGACUCUACUAGGUGGAAGUCUUUCAACAUUCUCUUCAUUUCCACCCACCUUCUUCAUUUUCCUCUUCUUGCUGUUUCAAUAAGAAGAAGAGAUGGGGAAUUGCCAAGCUAUUGAUGCUGCAACAAUAGUGAUUCAACACCCUAAUGGUAAAGUAGAAAGGUUUUACUCACCUAUGAGCGCACGCCUAGUUAUGAAAAUGAACCCUGCUCAUUAUGUUGCCCUUCUCAUCUCCACCAGCACAUUGUCUCCAAACAAGGACAUUGGUAACUGCCCCAAUAAGAAUAGUGACACCAACACCAACAACACAUACCCAGUUCGCUUAACUCGCAUAAAGCUUCUCAAGCCCAAUGAUUCCCUCCUUCUAGGCCAUGUUUAUAGACUCAUCACAGCUCAAGAGGUAAUGAAGGGCCUAAAGGAAAGGAAACAAGCAAAGAUGAAGCAGAAUAUGCCGGGGUCAGGUCACAAGUCAGAUUGGGUGAAGGGAAAAAUUGGAUUGGAGAUGGACAACAAAGCAGAAAGAAGAUUAGACACAGAGGACAACAAGGUAACCAAACCUGAAAAACCUCGACCAAGGACAAGAUUUUGGCAACCCUCUUUACAGAGCAUCUCAGAGGUAGUUGGAUAAUCAGUGUUUUAAAUCUCACCUACAUGUGGUGUGAGGGCCAGGGACAGAGGAGCAACUGAGAACUAAAAAAUCAGAAAAAAAAAGCAAAAAAAAAAAAAAGAAGAGAACUCCAUGAUUGCUUUGGCAUGUGGAAAAUUAAAUAUAGUACAUUUUUCAUGGGAGGAUCAACAAGUGAGAGAUCAAAAUUUUCUCCUGUGGGUUCAUCAUGCAUAAUUGUGUAUAGCAAAGUUCACAUAUCCUAUAUCAAUUUACUUAAUUAGCUAUUAUUUUCUAAUAUCAUAAAUUCUCUGUUCACUUUAA